CCUGUCUCGGCUCCUGCGCGGUGCUGGUGCGGGAGCUCCGUGCGCCCUGCCUGGGAGAUGUGACCCAUGGGCGCCCGCCAGCCGCGGCGGGGGGCGGUUUGGCUGCCGCUGCUGCUGCCGCUGCUCCUGCCGCCGCCCCCCGCAGCGCACACAGGAGAGUUGUAUUGUUCUUUGCCCAACCCUAGGAAUGUUCAUUUUGAAUCUACAAACUUGAAGAAUGUCCUUCACUGGUUAGCACCGGAAGGUAUAGGAGAUGGAGUACUCUACAAUGUGAAAUAUUCAAUAUAUGGUGACGGCAAAUGGAUUAGGAAGCCAGAAUGCAGGAAUAUCAAUAGAACAUGGUGUGACCUCUCCAGUGAGACUGCUGACCAUGAAGAGCAAUACUACGCAAGUGUUAAAGCAUUCCUAAAUGGGAGGUGCUCUAACUGGAUAGAGACGGAACGAUUUAACCCUCUUACCGAGACUAAAAUUGGCCCACCCAUGGUAAAUGUGUCUUCUACUGAGAAAUCUAUUUCAAUCACACUGACUGUUCCUGAGAAAUGGAGAAGUCCUGGUGAAAAAUCUAUAUCGCUGCUUCAAGUAUAUCCUGGCCUGCAAUACAACGUGUCUGUCCUCAAGAAAAAGACAAAGAAACGAUGGUUCUUCUCCAUCAGCAACAGCACCUUGGUUGUGCCCUGGCUGGAACCUGGAACAGCUUACUGUGUCAGUGCGCAGAUCCAUGUCACUACACCACUUCUACACAGUGGGUUUUCUAAAGAACACUGCAUUUCUACUUUGAAAGAUAAAACAACAGAUGAGACUAUAACAGUUGUAUUUGGAUACAUUCUGCCUAUCAUGCUGGCUGUCCUUUUUACUUCGGUGGCAUGCUGCUGUGUACACAGGUACAUUCAUGUCAGCAAGCAGAAGCAUCCAACAAGCCUGGUAUGGCACUAUACUGAUAAAUGCAAGGAGAAGGUUUUUAUACCUUGUGAAAAAAUAGUGGUCAACCUUAUCACAGUUAACGUGGAUGAUUACAAACCAUCUCAGGAAUCCAUUCCUCCAUCAGAAAUGAAAAGCCCCCGUUAUUAUACUGUUUACAGUGGCACUGAAGGGAGAGAUUUGACUCCAAAAGAAGUGCCAGAAACAAAACACUUGCUGGAUAUUUCUCAUGAUGAUAUUUCACACAUUUUAGCUCAGGGGGAUAAAACUGGAGCAAAGAAUGACCAGCCUGGAACAAAGAAUACUUUGAGACAGAAAAACGGAGGGAGUGUAGAGUAUGAACUUGGUGUACAGGCUGAUGACUUCAGUCCUGGCCAAAUCCUAGAAGAACUCAAUCUGAAAGAGAAGACUUCUGUGCCUGGGGGACUAGGUGAGCCACAAACUGCUUUGGGAAACUUAGUUAACAUUAAAACAGGAAAGGCAUAUUGCCCCCAGCUGGAGGUGAGGACAACAGACCCUUCUUUGGGACAGGAAUUAGAGGAACUUAAACUGAAGAUGGCUGAUGUAGUGGAUGAAUUUCUGGGUAAGACCCAUGUCAACUUGAUGGACUCAGAUGAUAAAAAAUCUGGGCAGACAUCUUAUCGUCAGCUGGAAAAAAUAGCACAUGGCAUCACAGAGAAUGAGAGUGAACAGACCAUACUGGUAGACUGGGAUCCACACACUGGCAGAUUGUAUAUUCCUACUUUGUUCGGUGUUGAAAAUGAAGUGUGUAAAGGAGUAUUUAAGUGUGAUGGUCCUAACAAAGAGGGAAUUUUGUCCAGACUGUAUGAGAAACAGGUAUCUGAAGAAUCAUCUGAGGACCAAGAAAUGUAUCUGCUGCAAUUCCAGGAACAAUGGGGACUGCAUGUGGAAAUGGAAGACUGAACAGUCAUUUUCUAGAAUACUGUAAACGUAAACCACAAAGAGAUAAUUAAGGACUCAGCGGAGCAAAUAUAUCUUAAUGUAUUGGAAGUUUUUAGAACCGUCAGAGUCGAGCAACUUAUUCAUGAUAUUUAUAACAACGAUAUUGGUGAUUUCAACUCCCCUUAUAGACCUCCCACGUAAAAUAUAAUGGUUGUAAGAUUGCCUCCUUUUUAAAAAAUAAAAAUCUCCGUAAAGAGGGUGCUGGUAGGAUUUUUGUGUUGUGAUUGCUACUAAGGCAAAUUAUUUUGGUUUGAAAGCUGUUAUUUUAAACAAUAAAAAGCAACAAUAUGAUA